CAUAUUUCCGGAAAGCCAGGGUCGGGCAAGUCCACUCUGAUGAAGUACAUCUGCCAACAUAAGGCAACGGAAAAGCAUCUUAAGCUGUGGUCAACAAACAAAGCCCUGGUGCUAGCCAGAUCUUUCUUUUGGAAGCACGGCCGGACGCUUCAGAGCUUUCGCGGGCUGGUGCGAGGGCUUCUGCAUUCUAUUCUGUCUCAAUGGCUGGAGCUCAUACCUCUGCUGUUUCCCAAACAAUGGCAGGCUGCUUUGAGCGGGUUACGACCAGUAAUCGAUGAUGAUCAUGAGGUGUUUGAGGCAUUUCGCAAGUUGAGAGAAACGGACAGUGUUAGUCUUACCCAUAGGAUAGCCAUUUUUAUUGACGGCAUAGACGAGUUUGAAGGGAACCGUGCCCAUAUGAUUGAGUCCCUGAAAGAUUGGAUCUCUUGCAGGUCAGCUGAUGUCAAGAUUUGUGUCGCCAGUCGAGAGGACAUUGACUUGCAGGAGGCCUUCAAAACGGGCCCGAUGCUGCGGCUGCACGAAGUAACUCACGAGGAUAUUCUAAGCUUUCUCUAUCCCAAGAUGGGAACAUCAGAUCAAAAGCAGCGCCUUGAGACGGAAAUUGCAUACAAAUCUGAGGGUGUUUUCCUCUGGGUCAAACUCACCAUCCAAAGAGUCGAGCACAGCAUUCUGAGUGGUGACGCCCUAGAAGAUCGGAGAAAGCGCCUUGGCUCGCUCCCCAACGAGUUGGAAGAUCUUUGUAUGGCCAUAUCUGUCGCCAUCGAUCGGGAUGAGCCAAAAUCAGCAUAUUCGAUGAUCCUGAUGGCUCUCUAUUGA